AGUGCUUAAAGUGAGACGACAUUGCAAAAAAAAUAAAGUGUGAAAGUAUUCAGUGCUUCGUACCUGGAGGAGUCGGUGCCGUUUGGUGCGUAACUAGUGUGGUGCGGCCGUGGGGUCGUGUGUGUGUUUUCGGGGGUGGCAAAAAGGCGCGUGCGUCGUUUUUGGCCCAGAGGAUAGUGGGGGUGGCGGCUCGGGGGCAGAAAAGGAUGAACGUCUCCUCGGUGAGGCUACUUUGCUUCACCGCCUUCUACUUCUUCUACCUGCUUCUGGGGGCGGGGAUCUUCUCGGCCAUUGAGGCCCCCGGGGAGGUGAUGAGGGUGGACCAGCUGAGGGCGAUGAGGGUCACCUUUCUUCAGCUACACUCGUGUGUCCGAGAUCAAGAUUUGGAAGCGUUGAUUGAGGAAGUGGUGAAAGCAAGCAACCGAGGAGUCUCUGCUGCCCAGAAUGUCUCUGGCGAGCCUAAUUGGAGCUUCGGCCAAUCUCUAUUCUUCUCCAGCACAGUGGUCACGACCAUUGGAUACGGUCAUGUCACGCCGCUAUCAAAAGGAGGAAAAGUUUUCUGCAUGAUAUACGCCAUGAUCGGCAUACCCUUGACUCUUGUUUUGCUUAGCGCACUCGUUGAAAGGCUCAUGAUCCCUUCUACGAUGUUCCUCCAGUUCCUCAACAGCCGCCUCGGUCACCUUUACCAGCCUUUCAAUAUACGGAUAAUUCACCUGACAAUAAUAGCGACUACACUAGUCGCAAUAUUUAUCUUGUUGCCUGCAGCGGUUUUUGCCCUGCUGGAACCAGAAUGGGACUAUUUAGAUUCCCUCUACUAUUGUUUUAUUUCUUUAACGACUGUGGGAUUAGGUGAUUACAUCCCUGGCGAUUUUCCAAACCAACCAUACAGGCCCAUUUACAAAGUUGCAACUACAGGAUACUUACUCAUAGGACUGACUUUCAUGAUGCUGACCCUGACCAUAUUCUAUGAAAUACCUGAACUCAACCUAGGCAGUCUGUUUCUUAUGAGGUCUGACGAAAUGACUGGCGAUCCGGAGAAAAUGAGACUUCAAAAUGCAGGUGGUGCUAUUAAUACUAAGUAUACUGCAGAAGACAGAUUUAGAGAAAGUAAAGACAACACUCCAAGCCCCGAGGAUACUACACCAGUUCACGCUAGACCAUAAAGAAACUAGGAUAAAUUAAAAAAGAAAAUAAUUUUAGCCCAUUAAUGUUAGAUUUAAAUAAAAAGGAGUUGGAAGAUUUAAAAAGAACCAGACUGCUUGUUGUUUAACCAAAGAUUUAAAUAAAUAAAAAAACUUUGAAGGUAAUUAUUUAAAAUGUUAAUACAGAAACUAGAACAAAUU